UUACGCAAAAAAAAUUGCGUAAUACAUACUUAAAAAUUCUCUUCUUAUUCCCCAUGUUUCAGAAUUUUUGUACUUUCCGGGUUGGGGAUAAUCCCUCGUCAAUGACGAAUUAAAUACAUACUUGCAAGGAAUAUUCGUACAUGUAUUUAUUUUGAUUUGUAUUUUUGGGUAGGUCACCGAUGUUAUUCGCCACAGUCGGCGUGAGAUAGUACAAAUAGAAAUACGAUGCUAUAACGAAUGGACUAUACUGUACAAAUUAUCUUUAAUUUUUGUAAUAGAGAUGUAACAAAAUUGAUUAAAAUGAAAAGAUUAACAACUAUGUAUUACGCACAGUAUGCCAGUUUCACAGAAAGUGAGCCUAAUUACGAUUCUGAUAACUCAGAUACAUAUAAAAAAUUACAGCAAUCACCAUCACAUGUUGAAUUUCUAAGUUUCAUUCAACACCGAAGAGAUGAAAAAUUAUUACAUAAAUGCUGGAAGCAAAAAUUACGUGAAAACACAAAUUUUGCAAAUCAGGUUAAAGAACAAUGUGGCAUGACAGUUGAUCUGAGAGCUAACAGAGUAUGUUAUAUUUAUAAACCUGUCACUAAAAAUACCUCCAUCGAAGGCAUCAAAUUUAAAAUAACAAUUGUGUAUGUAGAAUUAUUACGUAAAUGGUAUAUUAGUUUAGCACGUAGUAGAGUGCCAAAAGUGAUAAUUCUCCAAAAUAAAAUAAAAAACGGUACUUAUCAACCAACUGGAGAAAAAAUUCUUAAACUAGUGCGCGAAUGGAAAAAUUUAUUGGAAAUAUACACAGGAAAACUAUUAUACAUAUAUCAAUGGAUUGAUGAUAUGAAAGGAACAUACAAAGAUAUUGAUUUUCAAUUAACUGAAUCUUGUACUAUUCUAAAAAUAAUGUUAAAAGGAAAAGGAUGGCCUGUAGGUGUGAUAAAAAUAGACCAUGACGAUGUUAUAAUUUUAGAAUUAGUAUUAAAUGACAAUCUAAAUGUUGUCGAUCUUACGUAUAAGUAUAAAUGUAGACAAAAUAUGUCAAGAGAAGUAGAGACUAUACACCGAAGAAAACUGCAAGAAAAAUGUGAAAAGUUCAUUAAUUUUGAUUUAUUAAAAGCAUUUGAUAUGUUUAUGAAAGAGAAAGAUUUUUCCUAUAUGUAGUUUAAUGAAAUAAUAAAAUCAUAAUAUAAUUAAGUUACAUCAAAAAGUUAAAGAUAUACAUAUAUUAGACGUUUCUGUACUGUUACUUUAAGUUUAUAGCUGGUUAUUAUUAGACUCCAGAUUUUAUGCAUUUAUGGCAAAAAUAAGUAAAUAUAAUUUAAAACAGUGGCAAGAGUAAAGGAAUCUAAAAAUGUGAUGUAUUAUUUUGACCAUAUUAAAAAAAAAGAACUUGUGUUUGGCUCUUACGCUUUGCAGGUGGUACAGACAAAUUUUAUUUUGCAUAAAGAUCUGCUGUCUAGUUACAUUAAAAUAUGCUUAAUACUUUAUGUUGUAUUGCUAAUUUAUAUUUUUCUUGUACACUUAUUAUGAUUUAAAAUAUUAUGUAGAUUUAAAUAAUGUAGCAAAUAAUGUAGCAAAUAUAUUUUUUAUUACACAUACCUUCA